CGCGCUUACGCAAUAUAGAGCAUCCAAAGCAUCCCAAUAAUCUUGUCUUACCUGCCGGACAUAGCCUGUUAAUUGCCAAGACAGUGUAUGGCGACACUUGCGUUCACGUAUUGGUGCUUUAAAACGUACAGUACUGUAUUACGAGGACCUCGAGGGGUCAUCAGUCAAGUUAUACGCGUACCAACAGGCUCAGCGCUAUCAUUCCGGGCACGUUCUCUUCAAAGAAUGUCUUCGUUACCAAGGGCUAAGACGAAUCUCGUCAAGGCGACGCUUCUAUCAGCAGAGAACAGCGGUCGAGCAUCGCCCAAGCCUGCGUCGAGACCGCCUUCUCGUAACUCCAUAGGCCAGGAAGAAAUAACUAAACGGGUUACAAACAUGGCAAGAAAAGAUAUAAUCAUGCCAAAACGUAGGGGUUCCCUGCCGCUUGCCUUUGUACCCGUAGCUUCACCCAGACCCUCACCCACUGUUUCCCCCAGAGCCUCUCCGCGACCCUCACCAAGCGUAUCGCCGGUAGGCUCACGCAAGACAGCUCUCAGACGCUUGCUAUCAUCGACCAUGGAUACGAAGAAAAAUGAAUCGAGUAGGUCGAGCUCAUCGCUGAGCAACG